AUGUCGGCCACCAAUCCAUUGUCGCUGGGUGAUUUCUCCAAGAUCUCGCCGCUUCCAGGCAUCGCUGCCGUUCCGGAGCAGAGAACCGAGUCAUUCUGGUCUUCGAACCCCAUAUCGUCGUAUCUAAUAUCGGUGUACAACAACAUCCAUGCACACCGGCAAACGCUGUCGCUGGUGAACCCGGGGACGAUGGAAAACCUUAACAAGGAGGUGUCCCGCGACGUGUUCCUGACGCAGUACUUCUUCACCGGGCUGCGGGCGGACCUGAACAAGGCGUUUGCGUUGAACCCUGCAUUCCAGACAUCGCACACGUUCUCGAUGGGAUCGGAGAACCUGCCCAACUACGCGUUUUCCGCGCUGUUUGCCAACGACGAUCUGUUCAUGCAGGGCAAUGUAGAUAACGAUCUGUCGUUGUCCGGGCGUCUGCACUACGGCUGGGACAAGAACAACGUUUCCAAGGUCACGCUGCAGGUGUCUCAGGGGCAGCCCACGAUGUGCCAGCUUGAGCAGGACUUCCAGGGCUCGGACUUUUCUCUAAACUUGAAGACUUUGAACCCAUCUUUGUCCGCUGACGGUACUUUCUCCGGUGUUGCUGUGGGCUCCAUCCUGCAGAGCAUUACUCCACAACUGGCUGUUGGUAUUGAGGCUGUCUACUCCCGUGGCCAAAGCUCCAUGCCUGCCGAUGCCGCCGUUUCCUAUGCUACCCGUUACGUCUCCGCCAAGCAGGACUGGAUCUUCUCCGGUCAGCUACAGGCUAAUGGUGCGUUGACUGCUUCUUUCUGGAGGAAGGUUGCCUCCAAUGUUGAAGCCGGCGUUGAGUCCACUCUGCAGGCUUCGAUGGUUCCAAUCAUGGACCCAGUCAUUGGCCAGCCAAUUGGGAUCCAGCCAACAAUUGAGGGUCUAACCACCAUUGGUGCGAAGUACGAAUACAGACAAUCGGUCUUCCGCGGUUUCAUUAACUCUAAUGGCAGAGUGGGCUGUUUCCUAGAGCGCAAGAUCUUGCCCACGCUUUCCGUCCUGUUCUGUGGUGAAAUUGACCACUUCAAGAGUGACUCGAAGCUAGGUUGUGGCUUGCAGUUUGAAACGGCCGGCAGCGAAGAGCUGCUGAUGAUGCAGCAGGGCUUGGACGCAAAUGGCAACCCAUUGCCGCUCCCUGCUUAA